CGAUAGUCUGUAAACAUGACAGCAAAGGAUAUUAAAGAAAAGGUAGAAGAGCCUACAGAGGGCUUCAACCUGGACGGGAUCCUGUGCGAGCUGGGCAGCUUCGGCAAGUACCAGCUGCUGCUGCUCCUGCUGCUCUCCUUCAGAGACUCUUUCCUGGCCAUGUGCAACUUCAACUAUAUCUUCGCGGCCGCCGAGGUCCCUUACAGAUGUGCAGUACCCGAAUGCGACUCAAUAGACCCAAGCUUCAACGCGUCCUGGGCGGAAUUCGCGCUGCAAAACACAACCAAUGCGUGCUACCGAGCGGCACCGUACGCGCUCAACUCAUCCAGCCAGCGAUGGAACGCGUCCAACUCGUGUAGCCCGGACUACUUCAGUUCUAGAGAUACGGUGGCCUGCGAGCGCGUUGUGUAUGAAAACUACAACAGUGUUGCGGCAGAGUUCGACCUGGGUUGCGAGCCGUGGAAACGCACGAUGAUUGGCACCGUCCACAACAUUGGGCUCAUCAUCUCCUUCAUACUUUACGGCUUCGUUUCUGACCGGUACGGUCGCAAAGUCAUCAUCGUCGGCACGCCUAUUCUCGUGGGUAUCGUGGGCUUGAUCAAGUCUUUCUCCGUCAACUACUGGAUGCUGCUGGCUCUUGAGUUUAUUGAGACCGCGUUUGGAUACGGAAACGCCUCUAUGGUACUCUCAUUAGAAGCCGUCAGCCAAAACGGCCGCGUCGCCUUCUCCUGCAUCUGGGACAUCUUCACCAACAUCGGAACAGCUUUCUUCGGCCUCAUCGCCUGGAAGGUUCCCUACUGGAGACACCUCCUCCGUGCCAUCUACGCACCCCUCCUCGUUGUGGUCUUUUACAUCUUCUUGAUAGAUGAGGGUGUACGCUGGCUACUGGCUCAUAAUAAGAAUGAUGAGGCUGUGAGGGUGCUGAACAAAGUAGCGAAGAUAAAUAAUGUAGAACUCUCUAAUAAGGCGAAGCAGAUGAUGAAGUCAAUUGAACAGACUAAGAGUGAAGAGAACAACAACGCGCCCUCCUGCUCAACCAAGCACCUCCUAUCCGUUCUCCGCUCCCGCACCAUCCUCCUCCGCCUAACGCUCAUCUCCGCGUGCUUCAUCUGCCUCUCCUUCGUGUACACCAGCGCCAUCAUCUACUCGACGGGCAUAUUUGGCAACAAGUACUUGAACUACUCCGCACUGCAGUUGGUCGCGGUGCCCACGCGCAUUAUUACUGCGCUGACGCUGAACCGCUUUGGGCGGAAAGCGCCGAUUUGUGUGGCGUACUGUCUUGCGGGUGUUUGCUUCAUUUCUUCGGCGUUUGUGCCCAGCUCACUCAGCUGGCUGUCCGUAGUCCUGUACUUGAUCGGCAAGAUGUGCAACAGCUACGGCAUGUUCUCUCUCUACGUUGUCAGCAUAGAGAUCUUCCCUACCACCGUGAGAAACUCGCUAGCCAACGUGGCGAACACUGUGGGACGCAUCGGGGCCAUACUGGCACCACAAGUUCCUUUGCUGGAGCAAUACAUGCACAGCCUGCCCAGCGUAGUGAUCGGGCUGGUAGCCUUCAUACCUGGUCUACUAGCUCUGCUACUACCUGAAACCAGCCGGUCGCCGCUGCCCGACGACAUUCAGCAGGCUGAGAAGCUUGACCGGACUGAAGAGGACGCUAAAGUUUGAGUGUGUGACAGUGAAAAGGACAGUUGAG